AUGGCGCCGAGACGGUCAACUCGCAACUCUGCAGUGGGCCCAUCCAACGAGGCAUUUACAUUUCCGUCUCCAGCACCAACGACCAAUUCUGCUGUAGAUUUGCCAAUGGCCGAGAUUCGCCACACCCAGAGGCGCACCCGCUCUUCUCGCGCCGCUAUACCGAAAUCCUCUGACGAUGAGGAUGCCACAAUCACAGUUGAGGCACCGACAGAAUCAGCCCGGAAGGUGCUCAAAUCAGUCUCCAUUCCCAGAAUGCACACGAAGAAGGCAGUUUUCAGUCGAGGGAGGCUGUCGGCAGCGAGUGCAAUACAAACAGAGCAGGAGAGCUCACAUGAACCGCCUUCCGUUGAAAACUCAGACUACGAGACACCAGGAACCAGCAUAUCUACUACGCCUGCUGCGUCCACAUGUCGUGGCAAGACCUCUGCCCGUAGCGGCCUCAGCCAGAGCGUAGACACAUUGUUGACUAGCUCCACCGCCUCGAAGCGCUCACAAAACACAGUGUUGGACUCAAAUGGCGAAGACGAGGCAAUUGAUCUGGAUGCUGAGCUUGCUUUACAAAUGCAACUGGAAGAUGAGGAAGCAACACAACACCUGAUGCCCAGUCGGAAGCGUCAGAAGAUUGAAUCGGAGGACGAAGAUAUGUCAUCGCUUGAUGUGCCCCUAGUGUCAUCAUCUAGGAGUAAGGCAGCUUUAUAUAAAGGCAAAGGCAAAGGCAAGGCUGAGGUAGAGGAGAUCGAUUCCGGUACUAGUAGCGAUUCUCUGAUGGAAGAGGUAUCACUACCUACUUACACUGGCAAAGGCAAAGGUAAAGCCAAGGCCGAGACCCCAAAAAUGCGCCAUGGCCGUCCUGCUCGAUUAAGUGUACUCAAGAAGAGCCCAUUUUUCAAAGACGAACAUGUAUCUUUGGUGGAUGACGAAUCAGACGGUGGCAAGCUUAUACUGAGUGAUCCAGACGAUCUGGAAUCUUUCCUGGAUGAUUAUGAAACGCCGAUCGCAAGCGAUGAAGAUGAGCCUCCCAUGGCUACAAGUGGGCUGGUUGCAAGUGAGCGCUCCAAGAAGGCGGCGACGGCACUGAAAAGGACGCCAAAGACGGCCCCACGCAAAAAAACACUCACGCGUGCCGACAAGGACGAAGCGAACAGUCGACGCAGACGAUUCGCACACAUAAGGGACAAAUGGGAGCGUAAGCGAGCAAUGAACCGGGAACGAGCUGAGCAUCAGCAUCCAAAGCUGCGAACCAUGUGGGAUGAUCUCAAGAAAAUUCCAGUCUUGGAGACGCAAAUGGCUGAGCAGCCUACCUCAAUCAACCGAAGACUGAAACCUUUUCAAUUAGAGGGUCUCAGUUGGAUGAUACGUCAGGAAAAGACUCACUACAAGGGAGGGCUUCUCGGUGAUGAAAUGGGAAUGGGCAAGACAAUACAGGCUGUGUCCCUGAUCAUGUCGGACUAUCCGGCAAAACAGCCUACACUGGUUUGCGUACCUCCCGUUGCUCUCAUGCAGUGGUCCAACGAGAUUCGCGAGUACACGGACAACAAACUCAAGGUUCUUGUGUACCACGGCACCAAUGCCAAGUGCAAGAAGAUGUCUGUAAAGGAACUCAAGUCUUACGACGUCAUUAUGGUCUCCUAUAACAGUCUCGAAUCUCUUCACCGUAAGGAGACUAAAGGCUGGUCCCGUGGAGAGGAUAUCAUCAAGGAAGCAUCCGCACUACACGCCAUCCACUACCACCGCCUCAUUCUUGACGAAGCACAUAGCAUCAAGUCUCGCAACACUGGUGUCGCCAAGGCUUGUUUUGCUCUCACGAGUAAUUACAAGUGGUGUCUUUCUGGUACGCCGGUGCAGAACCGCAUUGGAGAGUUUUUCUCACUACUGCGCUUUCUCGAAGUCCGCCCAUUCGCCGACUACUUCUGCCGUUCUUGCGAUUGUGAGAAGCUACAUUGGGCCGUGGACGACGACUACAUGUGUGUGGCUUGUAACCAUGGUGCAUCCGAGCACAUCUCCGUAUUCAAUCAGGAGCUGCUCAAUCCGAUUACAGGUGAGGAUGUGGAACUCCGCGAGCAGGCAUUAGCCAAGCUUCAUUUGAUCACCGCUCGCAUCAUGUUGCGCCGGAUGAAGCGUGAUCAUACCAACUCCAUGGAGCUUCCGAUGAAAGAUAUCAUUAUUCACAACGAGUUCUUCAGCGAAGUUGAACGCGACUUCUCCACCUCGAUCAUGUCGAACUCCUCGCGCAAGUUUGAUACCUAUGUUGCACAGGGUGUCAUGCUCAACAAUUAUGCCAACAUCUUCGGUCUCAUUAUGCAGAUGCGUCAAGUCGCCAAUCAUCCCGAUCUGCUGCUCAAAAAGACUGCCGUGGAAGGCAGCGGCAAUGUGUAUGUAUGCAACAUCUGCGAUGAGCCGGCUGAAGAUGCAGUCCGAUCGCACUGUCGCCAUGAGUUUUGCCGUGCUUGUAUCAAGGACUUUAUGGACACGUGCGAGGCCUCUGGCACAGAAGCAGAUUGUCCUCGCUGCCAUCUUGCUCUGGCCAUUGAUUUUGAGCAACCGGAGCUGGAGCAGGACGAAGAUUCUGUCAAGAAGACAUCGAUCAUCAACCGUAUCAAGAUGGAGAACUGGACAUCUUCUACCAAGAUCGAAAUGCUGGUUUAUGACCUAUACAAGCUGCGCAGCAAGAAGCAGACACUUAAAUCUAUCGUGUUCAGCCAAUUCACUUCGAUGUUGCAGCUCAUUGAGUGGCGACUUCGUCGCGCUGGCUUCAACACGGUCAUGCUUGACGGAAGCAUGUCGCCGGCUCAGCGGCAGAAGAGCAUCGAUCACUUCAUGACGAAUCCAGAUGUCGAAGUGUUCUUGGUAUCUCUCAAAGCUGGUGGUGUUGCCCUCAACCUUACCGAAGCCUCCCGAGUCUUUAUCGUUGACCCAUGGUGGAAUCCAGCCGCGGAGUGGCAGUCUGCCGACCGAUGCCACCGCAUUGGUCAGAAACGGCCUUGUGUCAUUACGCGUCUUUGCAUCGAAGAUAGUGUGGAGUCCCGUAUGGUUGCGCUUCAAGAGAAGAAGGCAGCCAUGAUUGCCGGAACAGUCAACAACGACAAGGUCGCCAUGGAUCGCUUGAGCCCUGAGGACUUGCAGUUCUUGUUCCGAGGCUACUACCCCGGAUUUGCGGGUAGCUCGCUGCGUUGUCCACCACCAGACCGGCUGGCGGACCAUCACCGUCGAGAUGGCAGCGCACUACGCUCAAUCUACUUCUCGACUACGACAUCUAAAGUAGUCGGCUAUGCUAGUCUUUAUCCUGACAAAAACUCAACAAGCCUAACACUCUUCGAUGCGCAAACCACGGGAAAAAAAAUUAUCAGUAGCAUGCAUGCGGCUAAUGCCCUGACCGGUGCAGCACGGUAUCACGUUCGUACUCGUCUAGGUACAGCAUCAGCAGACGACACGAGCUCUUCAUACCAUUUGCCCGAAUGCAGAGGAUGGAAUUCCCCCAUCUCCGAAGACCAUAUAAUGGAUAUAUACAGCGAUCCGCGGAAACCGUGGAGAUGCGGUGCUGUCGUUGGUUACUCAUAUAGUCUGGACUCUGAUAUACCGGACUUGGUCGAUCAGUAUUCAUCCGCGAUGGGGGUUCUUGAGAACGCCCGAGAGUGGGACCUUGAUCUUGAUCGCUAUCUCAAUCGCAGCAUACCACCUUCGCCGUUACAUAAGCUUCCUACGCCCGUGUCAAGAUUUUUGGGAUACAGGAAGGAGCAGAGACAAGAUGUUGGAAAUGUUUGCGGAGCAUUCUGGUCGUUCGUUGGCGCGUUCUGCGGCUUGGCCGUGAUUGCAGCAGUCUUCAACAAUACCCAGAGCAUACUGUGGCAUUCCCCUCCUGCGUUGAUCGCAUCCUUUGGUGCAUCAGCAAUACUAGAAUACAACACGAUCCGCUCACCUCUCGGCCAACCUCGUAACGCCCUUCUGGGGCACACCUUCUCCGCACUCGUUGGCGUUGGGAUAUCCAAGAUCUUUCAAAUGCACUCGGACUACGACUCGAUACGAUGGAUCGCUGGCGCUGUAGCAUGUGGUAUUUCAUCAGCAGUCAUGCUCCUCACUGGUACUGUGCAUCCGCCCGGUGGUGCCUCUGCAGUCCUAGCAGCAACGGAGCCUGUCAUCACAGCCAUGGGUUGGUACUUUGUAGGACUCGUGGUGUGGGGCACAACGCUGAUGCUGAUUGUCGGACUGUUCAUCAACAACAUUCAGCGUCAGUUUCCACUGUACUGGUGGACGCCUCUUGAUGUUCGCAAGGCGAAGCGCUUGGACGAAGAGACUGUACCUGACGCACGGGGUGGGAUAGAACGGCGUGAGAGCCAGUAUGAGCAACACUACGGUCGAAAUGGAGAGAAGAUUGAAAUCAGUGGUGCGGAAGUCGUAUUGCCAGAAGAUCUAAGUCUGAACGAAGAGGAAGUAAGAGUACUCGAGAAUUUGAGAGAGAGACUGAGGAAGCGCGUGGAUGCGGGAAGUCCAAAGGAAUUGAGAGAUUUGGAGAAGAAGGAAGCAGGAAGUGCAAGGAGUAGUGCUGAAUGCACCAUGGUACCUAGUCGUAGUCGUGGGAGCAGUCGAGAUGGUAUGCCUGCAUAG